AUGGCCGCGGCCGAUCCUACCCGAGAUGUGGCCGCGUCCGACCAUAAGGAUUUAGACAUGGCCGAUGGUACUGAUGUACCAAACACUGAUGCUUGGGACGCCAAGCUUCAUGCUUCAUCAAAUAUGUUUGCAUCUGCUAACUCUGUGGUAAAGUUUAAUGACCUCAACUAUGGUGAGUGGUUCGAGCAAAUCCGGUUUACACUGGGUGUAAUGGCUUUGGACUCUGCCAUAUUAACUGAUGAGGAACCCUCAGCUAUUAUAGUAGAUAGCUCCGAAUCUGAAAAGUCUCGUUAUGAGAGAUGGGAGCGAUCUAACAGGCUGAGCUUGAACCUUAUGAGGUUGACAAUGGCGGAAAGUAUUAAGCCAUCAAUGCCUAAGACAGAGAAAGCAAGGGAAUUCAUAGAGAAAAUUAAAGAGUGUUCACAAUCGGAAUUGGCUGACAAGUCGAUUGUAGGAAGUCUCAUGAAUGAGCUAACUACAAAGAAGUUUGACUGGUCUCAGCCAAUCCAUGAUCAUUUGACGCACAUGUCUAAUCUGGCAGCAAAGUUAACGACCUUGGGAAUGGAGGUACAUGAGAAAUUCUUGGUCCAAUUCAUCAUGAACUCUCUACCUCUUGAAUUUAGCCAGUUCCAGAUGAAUUACAACACCAUUAAGGAUAAAUGGAACUUUAAGGAAUUAAAGGCUAUGCUAAUUCAAGAGGAGGGAAGACUAAGGAAGAUGAAAGAUCAAGUUGCUAACCUCGUAGGUCUUGGAUGUGCCAGUAGCAGCAAAAGAACAUCAAGUAGGAAGGACAAAAGGAAUGUUAAGAACUUCGUGAAAGGUAUGAUUUUAGAGAAUAGAGUAGGUAUUGAGAGAUUAAAGGUAGAUUAG